AUGUCUGAACCUAUAGUGUUAAGCCAGUCACGGCCUCCUUCUGUACUUGAUGAACAGCCACCACCGUACAAUCCUGAUGUUCUUUCACAUGUGAUGGAAGCAUCAGAAAAUCCAGAAGAUACAGAAGAAGAGAAAAGACAAUGUCUUAAAGAGGAAGCUAGAAGAAAUAUAAACCAGGCCGAAGACUGUUGUUGUGACUGUAAAGAUGAUAACACUGCAGAUUGCUGCUGGUUGUGUUUAAGAUGCCUUUGCAAUCCCUGGGGGUUAUUCUGCAGAGCAUUAGCAGAAUGUUGUUGUUGUGAAACAUCAGUUUAUCAUCUACUAGGCAAAGGACAAUUGCUUUACUAAGCCAUUCAAAAAACUUUGCGUCACGCACGUCCGUGUCUCGUUUGCUAUCUUUAAUUUACGGUCUGAUUGUUAUCUUAAGUACAACGUUUACUUACAAUAUGGCCGAAAACACAAACGAACCACCAAAAUCAUCUGCGCCACCAAGCUACGAAGAUG